AUGCAAGCACAAAACCACAGAUGGAUCUCUUCCUUCUCUUUCCUGCUCUUCUGUGCUUCCUCCAUCCCAACACUGGAAGGUACAAGGCUGCUGCAGGAGCUGAGCCCUCAGGAGUAUUUCAGUGGCUUGCAAGCUGGUAGAGCAUCCCUGGCUUAUUUCAGCCCCAAGGUUCCUCCUGGUGCUCAGCCCUUCUUGGAGCAGAUUGAGAACUCGGCCGAGGCCCUCCAGGACUAUGGCAUUUCGGUGGUGAAGGUUAAUUGUCCCAAAGAGGAUGUCUCAAGAUACUGUGGAAAAGAAAAUGCAUUAAGGAAAGCCUACCUGUUCAGAGGUAAUGUGCUGAUCAGAGAGUUCCCUACUGAUGCCUUGUUUGAUGUGAACUCCAUCGUUGCUAACGUCCUCUUUGCCUUGCUCUUUAAUGAAGUGAAAUACGUUGAAACCCUGGCAGAUCUUCAGAACAUUGAGAACACACUGAAGGGAAGGUCAAACAUGGUCUUCACCUAUGUACCAGCAACUGGGACAGCAGAGCACAGAGCCGUGAUGGAAGCAGCUUUUGUCUAUGGGACUGUCCACCAGUUUGUUCUGACAACUGAGGCAAUGCUGUUGAAGGAUUCUGGGUAUGUGAAUGGUGAUGUAUCAUCUGCCAAGAUGUUGUUCUGCCACUGCCAGCUGGUCAUGGACCUGUCACAGCCCUGCAGGAGGACACCCAUGGAGCAGACUCUGACAUUGCUCAACAUCCACAGGCACCUCAAGCUCAUGGGGGCUCCUCUGGUGACAGAGGUUGCUGAGGACCCAGAGAAGGUUUCCACUGUUCACUUACAGCUUGGACUACCACUUGUCUUCAUCCUCAGUCAGAAAGAGACUUAUGAGGCUGACAGGAGGACAGCAGAAUUUGUGGCCUGGCGGCUCCUGGGGAAAGCAGGAGUUGCCCUUUUGUCCAGGGACCUCCUAGAUUUGAACGUUCUGCUCCGGUCAAACGUCGCUCUCAAGACACCAGAGGAGGGAGCGCCGAUCAAAUACCUGGUCUUGGAAGACACUGAUGAAGUUAUAACCCUGGUUGAAGAUAAGAACAAAAUUGAGCAAAUCCAGGAGGAGGAGGAGGAAGAAGAGGAGGAGGAGGAUAAUAAAGAAAGUAGCAAUCAAGACAUCCAAGAUGAUCAGGUGGUGGAAGCAGUUUCCAGGGACAAGAAGCGAGAGCUGCCCCUGGGGAAGAUCCAAGUCCUGACAGAGGAGAACUUCGACUCUGCCCUCCUGGAGACCACCCGGACUGUUGUCCUGUUUUAUGCCAGCUGGGAGGCAGUGUCUCUGGCAGUGCUACAGUCAUAUGCUGAGGUGGCUGAUCACCUGAAAGAAACUCAGGGGCUUUUGCUCUCUCGAGUCAACUGCUGGGACUGGCCUGGUGUCUGCACGAAGGAGAACAUCACACAGUUUCCUACCAUCAAGAUCUAUGAGAGGGGAGAGCAGUCAGUGGUGUACAAUGGCAUGUGGGGGACUGAAGAGUUGACCAGCUUCAUCAUGUUGAGCCAAGUUUCCUGUCCGUUGAAGCUGGUCACGACUGAUGAAGCAGAAAGAUAUUUAAGAGGAGAAUUUCCCUCUGAGCUGUCAUCCUAUCACCAUACUUCCAUUCUAGGAGUGUUUAGCACAGCCACAAGUGAAGCCAAGGAAGCUUUUGAAGAGGCAGGAAGCAUCUUAAGUGGCCACGUAACGAUGGGGAUGUAUUUCGAAGAUGAUGCCUUGGCUUUAUCCAGUAAGUACGCAGUGUCCCCACCCGCCAUCCUCCUUGCCAGGAGCGGAGGUCAGAGCGUGGAGAGCAUCGCUUUGGCCAAAGAGAACACACAGGAGAUGGUGCAGAUGAUCAGAUAUGAAUUGCUGGGUGCUUUUCCAGAAAUCACCGUGCAGAAUCUACCCCACCUCUUGCAACUCAGAAAGCCUUUCCUCAUCCUGUUCAGCGACGGUGGCAUCGAUCACAUGGAAAGUGAGGAAAUGCUGAAGUUGGCAAAAGGAAGAGCCCAGCAAGCAUUUGUGGCUUGCUGGUUGAGCUUGAAGAAAACUCCAGUGGGACAUGGGAUCCUGAAGGCAUACUUUGCCACCAUGCCUUCCCUGCCUGUCCUCAUCUGGGUCAACCUUCAUGUUGGGGGUCAGGUAUUCAAGUUCCCACCAGAGCAUCCCAUCACUGAAAUGAACAUCUUGUCUUGGCUGGAGAAGCUAAAAGCAGGACUGGAGAUUCCCAGCAGUACCUUGUCUGAAGAAGACUGGAAGCCACCUCUCCCUGCUUAUGACUUCCUUCAGAUGAUGGAGACAGCUGAGCCCUCCCUCCACACUUCCCACCAGCAUGGAGAAACACCAUCACAAAGUCCACCAGAAAGCCUGAGAGGGGACAACACCAUCCAGGAGGAGCCAUCCCAGGAGACCAAGGCAGAGAAAGUUGGAUCCCCUGGAAGGGACCUGCGGGGUACAGCCCCAAGACUGGCAGCAAGGGAGAAGCAGGGCAAGAGACACAGCGAGCUCUGA